CCGAUAUUGCCAGAAACUCAAUAAACCCUGGUGAAAGACGGAAGACGGCUCCGGCGAAAUCGUCAAGGAUUAACAACCGGAAUCGUAAAAAGUAUUAAAAAGCCCGCUGGCACCGCGAAGAGCCCGAGAAGAGUCGAGUGUCCCGAGCCCGUGUGUUUUUUUCCACUCCGGAGCAGCAUAGGUACAUGCAACCCGUGCACACACACGCACCUCCGAACGACACACACAUACUAGGUGCGUUGUGCGGAGUAUUUAAUUAUAAUUUCGAGUGUGCAGCGUGUGUGUAAAGUGCAAUAGCCUGGCGAAAGCAGGAGCCAGAGCCAGAGCCAGAGGCAGUGAAGUGCAGUGCGGGGCGAAUCCUCCAUUAGCGAAGGGCUGGGCCGCUGGCUAUACAAGGACUCGGCAUAAGGACUCCACAUAGGCCCGGAUAGGGACACCGAUAAGGCGAAAGGAGUGCCAGGAGACUCGGGCAGGAAUAGGAGUUGCCACCGCAGUCGCAGUCGCAGUCGUCUCCGUAAGAAUGCCUUGGCUGAAGGCUGCAGCCUCCUGCAGCAUGCUUAGAGUGCCCACAACCACAGCCAGCAGCGCCACAUAACCCAUCACGAUCACCACAACCACAUCAUCAUCAUCAUCCAGAUCCAAAUCUCGAAACUCCAACUCCAAGAACACUGCCUCUUGCCUCCAGCAGCAGCAGCCCCAGCAGCAGCUGAACCAACUGGAGGAGCAGGAAUCCCCCCCAGGCGGAGGAGCAGCCAGUCUGGAAUGUUGGAACACCCCCAGCGGUUCGUGCGCAACAUCCCCGACUCCUCAGCCAGCAGCAGCAGCAGCAGCUCGCAACAGUAUCCGCAUCCGCAUCCGCCACAGCUGCCCCAGCACCAGAAUCUGAAUCUCAACCAGAAUCAGAUCUACCAGUACCGUCCCCAGGUGGCCGUGCCCGUUCCCGUACCCGGCUCCCCUGCCCACCAUCAGCGGCACGCGUCGCUCUCCCAGCAGCAGCAGCAGCUACACCACCGCACCCUGUCCACCGCCUCCUCGUGCAGUGCCCAGCACAAAAGUGUGACCUUCGGCCAACCAGCGCUCGACUGCGGCAACGGCAGCGGAGGCGCCAACGGAAGCGGGUGCUACAGCAACACUGGAACCCAACCAAUGGCGGGAAACAUGAAGCACGGCAAAUCUCAGGAAGACGUCUGCUACGUGGUAGCCAAGUACGACUAUGCGGCGCAAGGUGCCCAGGAGCUGGAUCUGCGCAAGAACGAGCGCUACCUGCUGCUGGACGACUCCAAGCACUGGUGGCGCGUCCAGAACAGCCGCAACCAGUCCGGCUAUGUGCCCAGCAACUACGUCAAGAAGGAGAAGCCCUCGCUCUUCGACAGCAUCAAGAAGAAGGUGAAAAAGGGCUCCGGAUCGAAGACGCUGCCCAACUGCUCGCCCUCGCGCCAGAUCGAAAGCCCGACCAUGUCGCGACGACUGCCCCCAGAUCCAGCCGAAGCCAUCGGCUCGGCGAUCGUCAAGUACAACUACCAGGCACAGCAGCCGGACGAGCUCUCGCUGACCAAGGGCACCCGGAUCCUCAUCCUGGAGAAGUCCAACGAUGGCUGGUGGCGCGGCCAGAGUGGCAACUCCGUCGGCUGGUUCCCCAGCAACUACACAACGGAAGAUUGUGAUAACGAUGGAGAGAUUCACACCUAUGCCAUGGCGGAGAACGUGCUCGACAUUGUGGUUGCCCUCUACAGCUUCACGUCGAACAACGACCAGGAGCUCUCGUUCGAGAAGGGCGACCGCCUGGAGAUCGUGGAUCGGCCCGCCUCCGAUCCGGACUGGUACAAAGCUCGCAACAACCAGGGCGCAGUCGGUUUAGUUCCACGCAACUAUCUCCAAGAGCUCAACGACUACCUGGCCACGCCGUAUCGCAACACGAGUGCCGCCGGCAACGGGAAUGGCGGCAGCAAUGGAGGCGCCGGUGGCGGUGGUGGUGGCGGCACCGACUCCAUGGAGCGCCGCAACGAUGGCAACAAGUCUGCGUCGCAGUCCUCCGGCCAGCCAAUCGAGAGGCCCAACUUGGCGGGCAAGUCGUGGUAUUACGGCGCCAUAACCCGCAGCCAGUGCGACACGGUGCUCAACGGGCACGGCCACGACGGCGACUUCCUCAUCAGAGACAGUGAGACUAACAUGGGCGAUUACUCGGUUUCGUUAAAGGCCCCGGGUCGCAACAAGCACUUCCGCGUGCACGUGGAGCAGAACAUGUACUGCAUCGGACAGCGGAAGUUCCACUCGCUGGACCAGCUGGUCGACCACUACCAAAGAGCGCCCAUCUACACGAACAAGCAGGGCGAGAAGCUUUAUCUGGUGCGGUCCCUGCCGAAGGCCAAUGGCACGUAAAGUGUGGCAAGCCGAGGAGUAGAAUCUCAGCAGCAGCAUCCAAUCCAUAUUACCCGUAUUCAGCAGCAUCAUGCAACACAUAUGCAACAGAAAGAUAUACCACAAGGCUAACUGUAGGCAGCUCAGCUCGGCGCGACGUGUAGUUUAUUGUAGUUUGGUUCGAUUACGAUUCGUUUUGGAUUCAGGUUCAGAAGAUCAGAGCAGACCAGCGUGUGUAUAUAAGGCCACGGAGCAUAACCCUUUUGUACUUUUAUAUACUUGAAUUAACUAAAUUACCGCAUUGGCUGGCUAUGUUAAUGAGUCCAAGGAUAACUAAACCAAGGAUAUAAUCACAUUCGAUUCGAGCAAUUCUAGGUGUCAAGAUGCAAUACAUUAUAGUACAUAUUACAUUACCAUACAUGUGCACAUAUUAUACUAUACUCUAACGCAAGUUGUAGCAGACUAAUGUACACAGAGAGGAGGAGAUCGCUUUUAGCCACAAUACUGGAACAGAGAUAUGAUCCGAUAUGCAUAUUAUGUCUAUUAUCAUCCGUACGUAGUCCGUUGUAAUCCGCAGACUUUGACUUUGUGUCUGUAUAUACAAAGCGCAUCCUGGAAGCAGCAGGGAUGAGGAGGAUGAGGCCAAACUUAACCGAAACACACACAGCCAGAGUGAGGAUCGCUCCUACAGUCAUUUCGUUAUUCGUAACUCCAUUAAUUACCUACGACUACGAUAUAACCAUGCAGAUGCAUAAAUAUAAACAUAAUCUAAUCGUUUAAUCUGGCGUGCGCGGAGGAGGAGGAGGAGCGGGGAGGACGGCAUACAAGCAUGGGCCAUACUGUACAGUGAUGCGAUGCUAACCCAGGCCCUACUCUUUCGUCUCCAGGGAAAGGACUUCGCGUACGAUGAGUAGUGGGACCGCAGCGAUUCCAGCUUUAAAUUAUAUUUUAAAUAAUAUAUAGCUAUUAUUUUGUUUCCUAUGUUUACAGUUCAUUUUAAAAAGCUUACUUUUACGUUUAUUGUUUUUGUUUUUAAAUCGAUAUUUUUUAGGUUUUAGGAAAGUAAUUAGCGAAGGACGAGAGAAAGAGAGUGGGUGGGUGGCUGCCAGUGAAAUGACUUGACUUUCGACUUUUCUUUCAUACGCGAAUUUUUAAAUUAUAAAUCUACAUUAAAUACGAGUACGUAAUAAAUAAACUUAAAUAAUUUAUAGUAAUUUAAACGAUUGCUAAAAACCAACUAGUACUAAAGACGAAGAGAACAAACUAGAAAUUAUACCGAAACGGACAUGAAUAAAAUACAUUCAGAAAAUUAAAAGCA